UGUGUACAAAUCUCAACCUAUGUGACAUACUAUCGCCAUUGCAAUAGAACAAGAUGAUCUUAGAACGACGUGGAACGGCUUUGGAAGAUCUCGUCAUCACCGGAUGUUGCACUCAGCAGAGUACGGCUCUACUCGGCUUGGUGCGGCAGUAGGUGACACUAUAGGGAUAACCUUGUGGAAUACUCGAAAACACCCGGUGGUAAUGAAUUGGUAGGCGAUCAAAGUUGUCAUCUACAUCGCUGUUGGAUGAACCGACUCGUCUACUAUCACUGCUUAGUAGAUGUAUGCAAUACCAUGGCCUUAUAGUCUCCUUAGAUCUAUCUCAGACACAUUUCGUUGUCAAUUUCCCGUAUAUCUGUAUAAUCAACAUCGUUCUAUCAACAGAAACACAAACCAACCAGCUACUUCAACAGAAGACCAUGGCUUCCGACCCUCUACCGCGACUACAUCGCUUCAUCGAGUUCAUCAAUUCAGGCAACACAGACAUCGGCAAAGAAGUCAUAUCAGACUCGGCUAUCUUCCAUGUACCAUUCGGUCCUGAACCCCUCAAAGGUUUAGACGGCUAUCUCAGAGUUCUCGGGAUGAUGCGUGGCGCAUUCCCAGAUAUCAACUGGACACUACAAGAAACUGUAUGCGAAGGUGAUAAGAUAGUUGCACGUUUUGAAACCCGGGGCACGCACCAGGGUCCUUUCAUGGGUGUCCCCGCAUCUGGAAAGGAUAUAUGUAUGACUGCUCUCAACAUCUACCGUUUUGACAACGGUAAGAUCGCGGAGGAGAGGGGACAGCCGGACAUUUUUGGGUUAAUGGUUCAAAUUGGCGCUAUCCCUGUGCCAGGGCCUUGACAUCCUGUACUCAAGUGCAUAGAUAAAUCAUAAAUCCACCCAUCUCGUUG